AUGGCGGUGGCCGGGGAGGACGCAGGGGUAACACUCGUCUCCUUCCGCUGCAGUAGGGCCGCCCACCCCCAGCACCCACGCACCAGAGACCCGCCGCCCAAACCGCCUAGGCCUCCCUCGUCAGAAACACGCCGCAGCCGGUCCAGCGGUGGGCGCCGCUCCCUGUCACGCCUCCUGGGCCGCUGCGCUGAGAGUGAGGAGGAGGAGGAGCAGCAGACGGCUCAGCAGCAGGAGCAGCAGCAGCAGCAGCAGGAGCAACAGAAGCAACGCCGGCAACAGUUAGCAAACCACAGACUGUCAGGCGUGCCCGCCGAGCUGCCAGACUCCCCGGAGCUCAGCGUCGACAAGAUCAAGCUGGUGGGCUUCAAACGCUCCCACUCCUUCUGCGUGCAACCCAAGAAGAGCAAGAACGUGAGCUGCCGCAGCAGCAGCAGCACCCGCCCCGGGAAGGAGAACGGCCCGUGGCCCUAUGAGUCCCAGACGCUGAAGACUUCCCGCGAGGUGAAGAUGGAGCGGGAGCGGCUGCGGCAGGCCCGCGGCGAGACGCUGUGGGCGGAUAAGGACGACGUGUUCUCCUCCUUUAUUCGGCAAAACCAGGAGCGUUUCAACACGCUGCUGGAGGAGCGGGGCUUCACCCACAUCCCGCCGCCCGCUGGCUUCGGCGCCCCGACGCGGCCCUCGUCCCUGCUGGCCGCGCUGUCCUGCGGUCCCACCAGCUUGGACGAGGGCUCGCUGUCAGGGGCGGCGCGCCGACGGACCACCUACACCAUCCGGCGAUCCGCCACAGCGGGUUUCACCACUACCACCACCACUACCACCACCACCACUAACAACAAGGAGAACGGGAACGCGGAGUCGGAGGGAGUGGCGGAUGGAGAGGACUCCCCGCAGCACUCCGCUGUAAAGGAGAAAGAUGAGGAGGAAGAGGAGGAGCCAUGGUGUGACCUGCCGUCCUCGCCGCUCAGCCCGCCCUCACCUUUCCACCACCCCUUCUUCCGGCACCAGCUGGGCCUGCCCACGCCCGUGGCGGACCCCUGGGCGAGGUUCUCGGGCUUCGGAAUGCCGCGCCUGCCGCAGGUCCUCCUGGCUCACGCCCAGGCGCAGCAGGAGGCGGCCGCCGCCAGGAAGGAAGAGUGGAACAGAGCGCGAGAGGAGGAAGGCUCAGCGGAAGAGGACGAGGAAGAGGACGGUGAGGAACACGUGAGGCGGAGGCAGCCCCCUCAUCGCGGGGGGCGGGACGCGGCCAAUACUGCGUCACGUCGCGGCACAGCGUCGUCAGGUACUGCUCGUCCACCAACUCCUACAAGUAAGUCCGCAACACAAUUAUUACCUCUUGUUUGGGUAUGGGGCGGGGCGGGGCGGGGGAGGAGAGGGGAGGAACAAUAUACCGCCUCCCUUCCCCUCCACCCCGACAAACACCGGUCGUCACGCCGGGUGUCACUGCUUGGCAGGGAACAUGACAGUCGGGCGGCGGCUGUCAGAAGGCUUACGGCGAGCCUGUGUCACGCUCACCUCGCACUCACCGCUCUCACACUCACCUCUCAACGCGUGGGCUAA